AUGAUCCCAGCCCUCUUCAAGAGGCAUACCAUCAACAUCUUCGAUCCAUUCUCUCUUGAUGUUUGGGACCCUUUACAAGGAUUCCCCUUCAGCAACAAUGACAACUCCCUUUUCCUUCUGCACCGUGGGUGGGACUCCGAGAUCUCUGCCUUCACUAGCACCCGCAUAGAUUGAAAGGAGACCCUAAGGCUCAUGUCUUCACUACCAACCUCCCGAGGGUGAAGAAGGAGGCGAUGAAGGAGGGUUGCAUCCUACAGAUCAUCGGGCAGAGGAGCAAGGAGAAGGAGCAGAAGAACAAUAGGUGGCACCACAUCGAGAGGAAUAAUGGGGGGUUCAUGAGGCAGUUCCAUCUCACAAAGAAUGCCAAGGCAGAUCUAAUACGAGCAUCCAUGGAGAAUGGGGUGCUGACCAUGACUGUCCCCAAGGAGGAAGUGAAGAAGCUGGAGGUCAUGUCCAUCGAGAUUUCCAGCUGA